GCAUGUUAUCUGAGGACCGGGAUCUGAACGUUUUAAACCCCAUAGAUCAACAGAUGCUCUCUACCUCAGUGAAUGAUGUCAAAAAUGCCACACACCACAGCAGACAGAGGGACAUGCAAAGACAAGCCUCAGACCAAAGAAACUGCUUUUCCAGUUUGGAAAUCCAAUCAGAACUGAUAUGGGAAGACUGGGACCUGGGAGGAAAGUACACCAAGAUGCUGGUGAUAAAAAACACCUAUAUCAAGUUGUGGAAACUGCACAUUAGACCUCCAGUGUCCAAGUUUUUCUCUGCCUCAAUCCCUCAGAUAGUUGUUCUUAGCCCAGGGGCUUUAUUCUCCCUGCCAAUCACCUUUAGACCGUUACAAAGGUGUGAGUAUGAGGACAGCGUUGAGCUUCAGGAUAACAAAGGCAGCUUCAAAGUUUGCCUGCGUGCCAUCGUUUCCUCUCCUAAGCUGGAGCUUCCCGACCGUGUGAGGCUCCCACUCUGUGCUGUUCAACACUCCUCACAAGCUAAUUUCCUGCUAAAAAACGUCAGUAAGCGGCAGGCAUUUUUUAAAUGGGACCGUGCAGCACCGUUUCAGCUGAGACCAGAGCAGGGUCUGCUGGAACCGGGUCUGGAGUGUCGCAUCGCUGUGGUCUUUCAGCCGCAGGAGGCACGGGUGUACCAGCAGCAGGUGUGCUGCAGAUUCGGAGAAGGGGACAACGUCGACGACAGCUGCACUGUCCUUCUGAUCGGUCAAGCAAAGUACCCCUAUCUUCAGUUUCAAAUUCCAAAUAGCGAAGCRUACGACGACCAUAAAAACCCAGAGUUGCACUUCGGGUCUGUGGCAGUUGGCCAGCGUUCACAUAAACACUUUGACAUUUUUAACCCCUCUCCUGUAAAUGUGUCAUUUUCUCUGUCACGAGCGCCCGGUGUCGUAGCCAUGUUUGGACCAGAGUUCAGCUGUGACAUCACCAGCGCUGAGGUGGUGCCUGGUGGAUCACUACAAGCUACGGCUACUUUUUCUCCUACCGUGGUGGACACCGUCUCUGUGGAGUACUUGUCUCUUAAAUAUGGUGGGGCACUCAGCGAGUCACGGCUCAAACUCAUGGGAAAAUGUGACGGUCCCAGAGUUUCCUUGUCCUCUUCUGUUUUGGACUUUGGAUGUGGUAAAGAAGGACGAUCAGUAGUUCAGACAGUGCAGCUGCUUAAUUCUUCCCAUGUUCAGGCUAUCUACCAAUGGGAUAUUGACUGUGAGAACAGUGUAUUUAGUAUUCUACCAGCAGGUGGCACUGUGCUUCCACAUAGCCACAUCAAACUGAAGGCAGUUUAUAAACCCACACACCCUAUGGCGCACUACAGAAGAGUGUCAUGUCUCAUACUGCACGGGGAUCCAGUGUUUCUGGAUUUGAUUGGCACCUGUUAUUCAGAAUCCCAGCAACCAGAAGUACUGAAAACUGAGCACUUGGAUUUGUACAAGCAUCACUAUUACCAUAGAGAGAAGUCGCAAGAUUCUGCCUCACAGCAAAAUCAAAAUAUACAUCUGGACCAGCAGGGGGCGAACUUGCAUAUAGAGAAGACAACUCAAAAUCCAAACUGUGAAGUCAUUUCUACCAUCCCCGUGGAGGAAUCUGAUCAGAUCGUGGACUGUCUCAGUCCAAAUCCUCCAUCGUUCCCACAUGUCUCCAUGGUGCCAAACGAACUGCUGUUCAAUCACAAAAUGAUACCAUCUUCAUCUUCAUCUGCUUUCACUCAGGUUGUUACCAUUCAAAGCCAAGCCACAGGGGAACUCAGCCUGGUGUGGACUGUCGCCCAGGAUUCUCCCUUCUCUGUCACUCCCACAUCGUGUGACGUGGCCCCACUGACGUCCACUGAAUUUCAAGUCACGUACAAUCCCAAACAGCUCAACACACUACAUGGAGGGCAGCUUGAGUGCUUUGCGUAUAAUAAGCAGGACAGUUCUGAUAAGCUGUUUCCACCCUGCUGUGUGACCGUCAGGGUCAUCGGACACUCCUUUCAGCCAGGAACACAACAUUUUACACCAAGCUGCGUCUUGAAUCCUUCUCAAGUGGUCUUUCCAGUCCAGGGCGUUGUUUCCUGUCGGACUGUUCUGCUGCAGAACAAUGCAGAUCUACCGCUCAGCUUUUGCCUGGACAACAGCUCAGACAAUUCAUCUGCAGAAUCCAUGCAUGUGCUCCCAGGUUGUGGUUUGAUCAAGCCAGGAAGUCACCAAAUCAUCACCGUCAGCGCAGUUCCCACGGAGGACAGUCCCAAACAUGGUUUCAACUUAUCGUUACAGCUCAACGCAGCUGAAUUCACAAAGGAACUAACAGUUGUUAGUGUGGUGGAAACGCCAUGCGUGUCUUUGGAAAGUGGCGACAGUUUAUAUUUCCACCCAACAGCUGUGGGCUCGAAAACCCAGCGCACCCAUCACAUCAAGAACUUGAGCCGCCUGCCUGUACAGUUUCAGUGGAGCAUUCCAGAGGCAGAGCAGGAGCUUAUCUCUGUCAAACCAGAUGCUGGUGAACUGCAUCCCAACGAGAGCUCAAUCCAGAUGUGGUCCUUCAGUCCUUCGGCAGAGCAAGCAUACACUCUCAAACCCACUCUGAACUUCUGGCCAAUCCAGAGUGAUGGAUCUAAUAAGUUACAUCUUACUCUUGAAGUGACUGGAAAGGGUUCAAGGGGCUCCAUAGAGACAGAGGAAGCAGUUCUGGAUGUGGGGGAUAUUUUAGUUGGAAGCUGUCGAUUAAUUGAGAUUCCUCUGGUGAACAACAGCCCCUGUCCCAUGUCUGUUCGUCUCUCUGUAGAGCAGAAGCAAACAGAUGUUCACCCCUUUUAUGACUCUGAGGAGGAUCAGAGUGCUCUUCACCUGGACUGUGAAACAGCAACUAUUGCCUCACAUUUCACAGUCUCCCUUCGCUCCACACUCAGAGUAUGCACUCAGGCACAGUACCUCUGGACUAUCAGCUACCACGUUCUAAAUCUUAAUGCCCGUGAGCCAAGUCCUCCUCAGAAACUGUGUGAGGUCCGAGCUAAGGGGACGUACCCCACCUUACAGGUGGUGGACUCGUGCAGCAGCGGCAGUGCCGGCAGACUCGGCAAGCUGCAUUUGUGGAAACUCCUCUCACUGGAUAGCCUCAAUGAACUCCUGCUAGCUGCCCCCUCCCCUACAGAACUCACCUUCAAAACCCCCACAAAGCACAGUUUGCACAGUUGUCCUGCCAUCUUCACCAACGUCAAGUUGGAUUUCAUCUUCAGCUCUGCUCCUCUCGAUUCAGAACCGUCAGAAUUKAAGUUGAUGUUGCACAACCCCGGUUCUAACCCUGUAGACUGGGCAUUCUUAUUUCCAAAAGACCAACAGAUAGAGCUGGAGGACUGGGCAGUGACUGGAGAGUUCACCAGCUCAGAGCUCCACCAGAUGAUGGUUCAAGAUAAUAAAAUAUUUCAGGUUUACCCUAAAUCUGGAACUUUGCUCUCUGGCCAGAAGAGGGCAGUACACUUCAGCUACAGUCACAGCUUCAUUGGAACAAAUCGACUUCCUGUUGUGUUUAAACACUCGUAUGGCAGAGAGAUCUUGCUGAACUUUCAGGGAGUGACAAUGGAGAGAGAUGAACCAUGUGUCCACUUUUCUCAUCGACAUGUUUUCACCUCUGUAUCUAUCAGUGACACCAGUCCUCCACGGCAGAUGUAUGAGUUGUACAAUGGAGGGGCAGUGCCAGUGUGUUAUGAAGUGGACAAAGCUGUGUUGGCACAGCUUGAAGUGGACAACUUUAACCAUCCGGUGUUGUGCUGUCUCAAUCCAGAGGGAGAAGUUCCUCCUGGGAAGGCAGUAAAACUUGAGUGGAUCUUCUCUCCACUGGUGGCCAAGCUGUACCAGAUGGAUGUUCUGAUUCACAUCAAAGAAAACAACUUCUCAAUAACUGUGAAGUUUGAAGGAUGCGGGAUUGAUACUUCAACACUGGCUUCUUCAGACAUCCGUACGUGCAGCGAUAGUAGAGCUGCCGAACACCGUGUCCGGAGGGUGCCCUUCCCAGGACAGGUGUUAUUCCUAUCAGAGGACAGCAUCUCCCUUGGCGAUGUUCCUGUUUGCUCGCAGCUGUCUAGAAUCUUCUUCCUCACCAACGUGUCCCACACAGACACGGCUCGCUACACGUGGGAGUUUCCCCAGCAGAGGAGCCAACAGCAGGUGGUGCAGAUCCACCCGGAGCGAGGCCGUCUUUGUCCAGGGGAGUGCACGCUUUGUGUCCUGACAUUCACUGCUACCGGUUACCCCACCGUUUAUCAGCUUGAUCUCAUCUGUCAGGUUUUUCGGGAGGCUGCUUUAGCUCGGUAUUGCGACGCGUUGCGGUGCUGGGAGCAAGAGAAAGAAAGACAGCAGGAUGAGUUCCUAAUCCCAGACAAAAAUAUUUCAAGGAGCUCAAGAGUUUUGAUAGAUGAGAACCCUUUAGCCCCUUCAAGAGAAGGACCACCACUCUUCAAAUACAAGACUCUUCCUCCUAUCCCUGCCAGURGUGGCAAAGCUCUCGGUGCCAAAGAAACAAUAACCGAUCAACGGCCGCGGCGAGAAAAGGCYAAAGUUUGGAGGCGGCCCCAACCCCCCGAUCCUGCUCUGCUGCACCUGAACGUUACAGCUCACUCCCAUGGGCUUCUGGACUACUCCACGCACUUUCCUGACCAGCACCGUAACUAUUACAGACAAAAACAGCAAACUGCACCAAAUUCUGCAAGUGCAUCUCUGUCUCCAUCAACUUGUAGUCCUGGGAGAGACAUCCAUGAACACGUUUUAACUCUGCUGCUCAGAAGUKUACUGGACGAUGCACCCUUUGUCCGGUCUCUGGUUACUGUCGCCUCUAAGAUCUGUUCGUACCAGCUUCCCCUUUCUACUUCUUCAUCUUCACCUGAGCCUCGUGUUUUAAGUGAUGGAGUGGACAGAGAGGAGGCUGAAGAAACACAAAGCCCACCACAGCCUGAGCGUGCACCUCCUGAUAUGUGUGAGGCUGUUUUCACUAAUAUGUUUCAGAACCUGAUGACUGAAGCUGUCAGAGGAGAACUCGACCUCACAGCUCAUCCCUGAUCAUCCUGCCUCCUCGUUCAGUAAAAUACAAGUAUGUUUCAUUCUGACAGUUUUCUUGUUUAGUACACUGUUAAAACGUGAAUUAGCAGCGUUUGUCCCUUCCCUCUUUUUAAUGCCGUUCUGUCCCAGCACAACCCAGCUUUCCACAUUUUUGCCUCGUUCAGGGGCUUCUAUCAAAAUUCACGUCUUAUUGUUCAACCUUAUGUGUGUAUUCUAACGAGGACAACCAUUUUUACUUUUUUUUGUUUUGUUUUUAUCUCACUAGCUUUAUUUUCUUGCUUGUUUCCACUACUUGUAACCUUGUCCUUCAUAGGAACCUCAAAAGGUAAAUAAAAUAUACUACAGCUGAUUUAAA